AUGGUCCGUGUUUUCAUCACUGGAUCAGUAGACGGCAUCGGCCAAGCUACCGCAAAACUCCUCGCCGAGCAAGGCCACCAAGUUGUUCUGCAUGCCCGUAAUGCCGACCGGGCAGCCACAGCCAAGUCCGCUAUCCCCGACGCCCAAGCCGUCCUCGUGGGAAAUUUGUCUUCCAUCGAGGAGACGAAAAAGCUGGCAGAAGAAGCGAACAAGGCUGGACCUUUCGAUGUCAUUGUGCACAAUGCGGGUAUAGGAUAUGGGGCAACAGCACUGAGGGAACUCACAGCAGCCAAGAUCUCGGCUGUUUUUGCAGUCAAUACCCUCGCGCCAUAUAUCCUCACUUGUCUCAUGGAUAAACCUACCACCAGGUUGCUGUUCAUGAGCUCUGAUAGCCACUACGGCGGAGAUGAGACGCUGAAGAACGCGACGCAAUCACAUUCGUACGGCAACACGAAGCUCCACGACACCAUGCUUGCAAAAGCAUUUGCGCGACGCUGGACGGAUAUUCAGGUUAUUAGCAUGCACCCAGGCUGGGUCAAGACCAAGAUGGGGGGCAGCUCUGCACCAGUGUCACUUAGUGAGCCAGCCAAGGCAUUGGCAAGCUGGGUCGCCGGGGAGGGAUCUCUAACAAAGGUUGCAUCCGGUGCCUUUGUGACAACUAGGGGAGAGGCAAAGCCUCACCCUGGGGCAGACAAUGAGAGCAAACAAGAGGAGUUGCUGGACAUAUGCAAGGAGGUUUCUGGGGUUUCAGUGCCAGAGGCCUAA